AUGGCCUGGCUGCUAGCCAGGGCUCGCUGCCCUGCGGCUUUUUCUCAGACUUCCUGGUGCCCCCGAGGGUCAGUGUCAGCCCGAGGCUGGAGCCGCGGGCCCCUCACUGCAUAUAUGCCCGAGGCUGUUGCGUUCCCGGGGCCCAAGGACCACCAGGGCUUGUACAAGGUGUCAGUGGAGCAGGCAGAUGCCUUCUGGGGAGCGCUGGGGAGGAGCCGGCUCACCUGGAUCACCCCUUUCCACUGCGUCCAGGACUGCAGCCUGGGCGAGGGCCGCAUCGCCUGGUUCCUGGGAGGACGGCUCAACGUGGCUGUGAAUUGUCUGGACCGACAUGUCCACGUAGCCCCAGAUAAAGUGGCCUUAAUCUGGGAGAAGGACGAACCAGGGGAGGAGGUACGGGUCACUUACAGGGAGCUGCUUGAGCUGACAUGCCGCCUGGGAAACACCUUGAAGCGGCAGGGGGUGAAACGGGGUGACAGGGUCAUCAUCUACAUGCCCCCGUGCCCACUGGCCGUGGCCAGCAUGCUGGCGUGUGCCCGGAUAGGCGCUGUGCACGCUGUGGUGUUCGCUGGGUUCAGUGCAGAGUCCCUCGCAGACAGGAUCCAGGAUGCACAGUCAGAGACAGUGAUUACGGUGAACCAAGGGCUGAGAGGUGGCAAGGUCAUUGAGCUAAAGAAGGUGGUGGACCAAGCUGUGAAGCAGUGCCCAGGAGUGAAACGUGUUCUGGUUUCAAUGAGGACUGACAACAAGGUUCCCCUGACAGCCUUGGAUGUGCCGCUGGAGGAGGAAAUGGUGAAGGAGGAUGUGUGUUGUGAGCCUGCUGUUAUGGACAGCGAAGACAUGUUGUUCCUCCUCUAUACAUCAGGCAGUACUGGCAAACCCAAGGGCCUGGUCCAUUCCCAAGCUGGUUACUUGCUCUAUGCUGCCCUUACACACAAGUAUGUGUUCAGCUACCAGGAUGGGGACAUCUUUGGUUGCGUGGCAGACAUCGGCUGGAUCACUGGGCACAGCUAUGUGGUCUAUGGCCCCCUCUGCAAUGGCGGCACUACGGUCCUGUUUGAGAGCACUCCUGUCCAUCCCAACCCUGGACGCUACUGGGAAACAGUAGAGAGGUUAAAAAUUAAUCAGUUCUAUGGGGCACCCACUGCCAUCCGCCUGCUCCUGAGAUACGGUGAUGAAUGGGUGAAGAAAUAUGACCGCUCUGCUCUCAAGGUUCUUGGCUCAGUCGGGGAACCCAUCAACAAGGAGGCGUGGGAGUGGUACUACCGUGUGGUUGGCGAGGAACGGUGCCCGGUAGUGGACACGUGGUGGCAAACUGAAACGGGAGGCAUCUGUAUCUCACCCCGUCCUUCUAAUCCUGGAGAUGAGAUCCUUCCAGGCAUGGCCAUGAGACCCUUUUUUGGGAUCAAUCCCUGUCUCCUGGAUGAUAAGGGAAAUGUCCUUCUGGAAAACAAUAUCUCUGGAGCCCUCUGCAUCUCACAGGCCUGGCCAGGUAUGGCACGAACCAUUUACAAUGAUCGUAAGAGAUUUCUGGAAACCUACCUGACUCCUUAUCCAGGGUUUUUCUUCACUGGAGAUGGUGCUUAUCGCACCAGUGAGGGCUAUUACCAGCUGACAGGACGGCUGGACGACAUCAUCAACAUCAGCGGGCACCGCCUGGGCACUGCAGAGGUGGAGGACGUGGUGAAUCACCAUAUGGCAGUGGCAGAGUCUGCUGUGAUCGGCUACCCACAUGAGAUCAAGGGAGAAGGAGCCUACGUCUUUGUUGUGCUCAAGAAGGAGAGUGGCUACACACAGGAGACUCUUACUGCUGAGCUGCGAGAGCUGAUCUCCAAGAAGAUUGCUAAGUAUGCAGCUCCCGAGUAUGUCCAGGUCACACACAGGCUGCCUAAAACCCGCUCUGGGAAGAUAAUGCGUCGAGUGCUGAAGAAGAUUGUGGAGGACAAGGCCAGUGAACUUGGGGACCUAACAACCCUAGAUGACCAUGAAGCUGUGCAGCAGAUCAUAGAAGGACACAAGCACCUAAUGGAGGUGCAAAGGAAGUGCUAGCAUGGCUCUCCCCUCAACCACCUUCUCU